AUGACGCCUAGAACAUCUCGUAAUAAUACAAGUAAAUUCUCAAUGAGUAACCAUGUUAAUUCAAGUCUUCAAUGCCAUGUUGUUCUCGAUCGUUUGGAACAAUCAACAAUUGAUGAAAUAAUACAAAAUUUGACUGAAGAUAAUGACAAAAACAUUGCACUAAAAUCAACACCAGAUCGAUCAUUACGUAAAGCUUGUAAAGCUCGUCGAUCAUUAUCAAUAGCCAGAAAUAAAACAACAACCACAACAACACGAACAACUAUAACAACAAUGACAACAGAAAAAACGAUUGUUAAACGUAAAUCGACAGCAGCAGAAAUCGUUAAGCCAAAACGAUUUAAAUCAAUAAAUAAUAAUUGUGCUACUAUAAAUGAUAAUGGUACAAAAAAUGAUUCAUCUUCAUCCAUAUAUCAACGUAUUUAUUUAAAAUGUUUUGUUUGUUCAAAACGUGAAUAUGUUGAUGCACAAGUAACAAAUAGUGAUGCUUUACAUUCUCAUUGGCUUGAACAUGAUAAAGAUUUAUUAUUAAAUAUCUAUGAUACCGAAAUAGAUUCAAUUUUAACACGUGUUGUGGAAUUUUUCAAUUUACCUAAACAACAUAUAUUGGAAGGGAAAAUUAAAACAAUCUUUAUGCUUAAUUCAAAAGAAAUACGACUUACGUCAACAACUAACUUAUCUUCAAAUGAUUCAUAUAUUGUUAUUGAUUAA